CGUACGGUCGUAGUCGAAGUUCUGUGUUCUUCAAGUACCGAAAAGACUUGACCUCUUUGGUUUUGUUUCGUUUACCAUUUCGUUUAAAUAGGUCGCGAAUCUUGGUGUGUCUCUGCCUGCUCUGCCGCAAUUUGCACGCACUGAGUCGGUCGGCAUCGGCAUUCAUUCAAAGCAACAGAUUAAAAUGAUAAAAAUCAGUUAAUUAUUGUUGUGGUGUUUUUAUUUUUGCUCUUAAAGGUUCUCUUUUCGUGUGUCUAAGUUAUAUUAACAAAAAAAUAAUAUAAUUAUAUCAAAAAAGAAACCAUCUAACUUCUUUGCCUCUAAAAUAUACCCACUUGUCCAUGGUGUUAAGAUAAUACGACUUGCAAGAGUAAGCAACUAGUUUCUUCGGGCCCUGUUAGCUAACUAGUUUUUACCUUGAUUCUCGACGGCCGACGACGUUCGACGCCGACGAAGAAGACGUUGCAUUCUAAGAACCCUGUGGCAUCUGUUACAACAUAAAGAUUUGCGGAGUCUUUUGCCAAGAUCGUGGUCAUUUCGAAUUCGCAUUUAACAACCGGCUAGAAAUUCUUUCCAUAAAAUUAAAACCUCUUACCUACACCGGUCAGUUUGUACUGUAGUUAGAAUAUCUGUUAAGAUGAAAAGAUCUGCCUUAAAUCGAAACCAUUACUUUGUGUUCGGUUUCCUACUUGGACUCAUACUAAGCUUCUACAUUCCCGAAGAUAUCUGGGACCUUGUGCAGAAUGAAUGCCCCCAAUCGGCAGAAAUUCAUUCGUUUGAAAAGAAGUUCGGCCAAGACUUUGAGCCGCACUUGAACUUGAUUAAUAAACCUCUUGCAGCUAAGAAGCCGGUGAAAAACGUCAUUCGCCCACGUUAUUAUUCGUCAGAGCUGGGAAUACGCGAAAAAAUCUUCAUCGGUGUCAUGACCUCACCAGACGGCAUCAACACUUUGGCAACAGCAAUAAAUCGUACUGUCGCACACCUGGUGAAUCGCAUCAAGUUCUUCAUUAAUGCCGACAAUAGCGUCAAAAGCAACUACAAGUUGAAGAACAUUGUCGGCUUCACCGAUACACGCGAGAAUUUGCGUCCAUUCCAUGUGAUCAAGUAUCUCGCGGAUAAUUAUCUCGAUGACUACGACUAUUUCCUCAUCAUUCCAGACAAUGUUUAUGUGGACGCUCGAAAGCUGACGAAAAUGCUCUAUCACCUGAGCAUUACUUUUGACAUUUAUAUGGGCACUCGAACUGACAGCGGAACUAAUGAUAAUGGUGAUGCGGGAGUUAGAGCGAAGGGUGGCGAAGCCGAUGAUGAUGGGGCAAAUAUGUCCGAUGAAAAUGAUCUGAAGAUGCAAAGUGAUCGUAAUUACUGUGAUUUAAAUGCUGGUAUUUUAUUAAGUAGUAGUGUUAUAAGAAAAAUGAGAAACAAUUUAGACUGGUGCGUGCGGAAUGGUAUGACUGGCGUCCAUAGUGUGAAUAUUGGCAGAUGUGUCAAGUACUCGAGUCGACUGUCCGGAUGCCAAGAAAGCUAUCAGGGCAUUACACAAAUGUCUUAUGCGAUAAGACCUUCGAUAAAAUUGUACAAAGACCUUAGUCUACUAUCUACAGAAGAAGUCUUUCGAAAUGCCUCAGUAAUAUAUCCUUUAACAAAUGCAGAUGAUUUUUACCGACUUCAUGCCUAUUUCUCAAAGUACCACUUAGAAAACCUUCAACACCGCAGCUUCGAUCUUGAACAUAAAGCCUAUCACAUAGCGAAUGGCACUAUAUCGAAUAAUAUUUUAGAAAUACGUUGGCCAUUAGGAGUGCCAACAAGUAGCUCGCCAGAAACUCGCCAUGACAUUCUUGUGUGGCACUUCAUCAAUAGUACACACAUCUUUUUGCCAAAUUCAGAUAGUGUCGUUGAACCAUUGAGUCGCAUCGACUCGUUAGACUUUCAAACAGUCUUAGAUAUAAGUGUGCAAUAUGCACGCCACAAGUUUCCAGGACUAAAUUACUCAAAUAUACACUCCGUUUAUAGGAGGUUUGAUCCAACAAGAGGCAUGGACUAUCAUAUGCAUUUGAAUUUUGUCGAUGGCAAAAAAUAUGACCCAAAUAAAGUUAUAAAAAGCUUUCAGGUAGUAAAGCCAUUAGGACGAGUAGAAGUUGUGCCUUCGCCAUACGUAACUGAAAGUACGAGAAUAGUCAUUAUAGUGCCAACAUUUGAACAUCUAGCUAACGAUGGGGUUGAAUUUGUUCGACAAUACGAAAAGAUUUGCAUGAAGAACCAAGACAACACCUUUCUUCUUAUGAUUUUUCUUUAUAAAUAUGAUUCACCUAGCAAAGGUGAAAAUGAUCCAUUCCGAAAUAUAAAAAGUCUUGCCUUAAAUUUAUCCACGAAAUAUAAAACAGAUGGCUCACGUAUAGUGUGGGUUUCCAUACGAUUGCCAGCGAUUUUUAGUGAUGUCAGUAUGCCUGAAGACAUCAUGCUCAACUCUAUUUAUGCACGAAAUGAAAUACUCAGUCUAGCUGUAGCCGAUUUGGCUUUGCCAAAAAUAGGUUUGGAGAGCCUGGUGCUAAUGGCUUCCACAUCAAAUACAUUCAAAGCGGAUUUUCUUAAUCGGGUUCGCAUGAAUACGAUACAAGGAUUCCAGGUGUAUUCACCGAUCGGAUUUAUGAUGUAUCCUUGUAAGUUUGCACAUUUUUGCAAGGAAUGUGAAACAUGUGAUGUCAGUCAGAGUGCUGGUUACUUUGACCGAUGGAAUUAUGAUGUGAUUUCGUUCUAUAGUAAGGACUAUGUGGAAGCUCGCAAAAAACUCCAAGAUACUGUACCAAUAGUUCACAAUGACAACGACAUUGAGUUACUUCUCAAUCGUGCCGAUAAAACAAUUAACACAAUUCUAGACAUAUUUGUUGGUGCUCAAUUGCCCAUACACAUUCUACGUGGUGUUGAGCCUAAUUUACGAUAUGGAACUGCCAUCAAAAAUUUCCUCGAAACUACAAGUGAUAUACCCAAGUGCCCAGCUUAUAGCUUAGAAAUAAAUAAUAGUAAUAAAAUUCAAAAUAAUAAUGUUAAUAAUUAUUCCAAUGAAAUACCUUUAAGAUCUGACAAUCUUAGCAGUAGCAAUAGUUUAAGUAGUAGAAAAUGCAUACAUCUAGCAUCUAGAAAACAAAUUGGCGAUUCGAUAAUACGCUUCGAGGAUAAAAGUAUUAACAGUAAUCCAAGAAGACAUUAACAAAAAAACAAUAAAAUAUAUUCGAACAAUUGUAUAAAUUAAGUUAAAGAAAAAUGCUCAAAAUUACUGGCCCAUCCUAUUUUAUAUAUUUUAGUUUGAUUUUUUUUUAAUAUGCUGUUUAUGUAUUUAUAUCCAAAAAAUUGAUUUCUUUUUUAAUGAGUAUUUAUUAUAAAAGCUUAAAAAGGGGAAAAUAGAAAUAAGGCUUUGAUUUUCUUGCUUUAUAAUUUAUUUUAUAACAUAGCAUAACUUGCCAGCACUACGUUUCGGUUAAAAAUCAUUAAACCACUUUGUAUACUAUUUGUUAUUUAAAUUUCGGAUUUACAGACUGAAAACUUCGUUUGUUAUGUUUGAAUCUCUUAUUUUAAUUUACUUUACUUUAUGUUCUAAAUCCCGCCGGGCAUGGUAAGAACUAAGCUGUAUAUUAAGCAGACCCAGACAAUAAUGUAGUGUAAUUGCUUUAUGACGAGAUUUUUGUUUAUCAUCUUCGAAUACCAUAACCAAGUUUUGUUUUAUAAUUUAAAUAAGUCUAAUUUCCUUUUAUUCAAUGGUAUAAUUUCAGCAAAUAGAAAAUACUUGCAUUAUUGCUAAAAUCAAAAAAUAAGUCACAAAAAACGAAUUUAUAGUAAAUUCAUUUCCAAGUGCCUACUUCAAACCAAAUGUGCCAAACAAACUAUAAAAGUAGAAAACAAAACAUGUUGGUUUUUAAAUGUUAUAAACAAGUGUUUUCGGUUUGUUUUUUAUCAAUUUGAUGAGGAUUAAGCCUUAAUUUGAAAUUGAAUGUGAAAUUCAAACAAUGACUUUCCAGCAGCUUUUAGAUUUCUAUAGGCAUCUAUUUUUUGAAAUACAAAUUGAAUAUUUUUUUAUUUUAAUUAUUAAUUUAUUGUAAGACAAAGUGCCAAAGGUUUGAAACUCCUAUUAUAAGUUUAAAAAAUAUUGUUCCACGACAAUUACUUUGUAAAAAAAAAUAAACAGAAUAUUAUGCUAUUAUAGUAUUACAGUGAAAUUAAAGUUUCUAUUAAAUUUUAGGUUUUGAUUUUGUUUCUUAUAUUUUAAGUAGAAUAUCUAUUUAAAUAAUAUUUUGUAAAAAUACAACUUUUAAAAUAAAUAGUUACUAAGCUAUUUAAAAAAAAAAACAUAUAGAGAGAGAGAAAUAUUUUAAGA